GCAUCCCCUUUGUGGUUUGUCUAUAGAGUUGAACACUGUUGCAUUUACUAUACAGAAAAAGGAAGAGCACUGUCAAGAUGUAUGCCUCCUGCAUCCUGGCCUUCCAGCUGUAUCUCAUGGGUCACUCCGCUGCAGAAUGCAACUCACGCCAGUCAGAUGAACUAAAUGUGGAAGUGGGACUGUCCAGUGUGCUGGGACAGUCAGGUGGUUCUGAGAUAUUAGCUGUCAACAUCUCAACAAACGUACAACUGAAGUCUAUCAUGUGGAAAGUGCAGGAAGGAGACAACUGGUUACGCAUCAUGCAGUGGUCCAUGACACAUGAACAUGUUUGGAACUCCAAAUACCAAGGCCGUGCUUUCCUGAACAAAUGGUCCCUGGAGCUACACAACCUGUCACGGACUGACACUGGUUUCUACAAGGUGGUGGUGCUUGACCAGUGUGAUACUAUGAAGGAGGGAGUUGUCCACCUGUUGGUUCAAGACCCUAUUUCUCAGCCAAUUGUCCAUCAGUUGGUCUCCUCAUCCGACCCUCCCCUCAACGUGACCCUAAGCUGUGCCAUUGAAGAGGGGUAUCCCACCAACUUCUCCUGGUAUAGAAACGGAACCUUGCUGCACAGUACCCCCAGCCUGUCCCUUGUGCACCUACAGGCCUCUCACUGCGGUGUUUAUACAUGUGUGGUCAGCAACAUGAUCAGCAAGAAGGAAGUGACCUUCAGCUUGGAAGGUAUUCCUCCAUGUGAAAGCAACCAAUAUUUCACCCUACAGCUAGUCAUUCUCUCAGUUGUCCUGGCUUCCAUCAUUCUUCUCCUGUGCAUAUGUUUCUGCAAGUGCUGUGAGCAGCAACAUGACAGGACUCAAGUGAGCGAAGUGGAUGUCAUCUAUGAGGCCAUGCAUCCCAGGGUGUCCUGAGAGAUCAGUAGUUCUACAGCACAUCCUGUCAUUCAGGCAUCUUUCAAAUACGCCAGUUCCAGAGAUUGACAACAAAAGUGUCAGUGUUGUGCUUAGAGACUUCAUAUUUUUACAUCUCUCAAUCAGGCCACCUU